CUGAUCACGGAAUGUUAGAACUAGAAGAAACCUUAGAGUUGUGGAGAACAACCCCAGAAUUUGAGAGCUGAAGGGACCUCAGCAUUCAUCUACUCCAAGCCAUGCCCAAUGUGGAAUCUUCCAUUAAGGAAAAUUGCCGGAGAAGAUGUCAUCCCUGGCAUCAGCAAACCAGAGCUCCGGGGAGCCUGAGGAUUAUUCCUAUGGGAACUGGUACAUUGAUGAACCGACCUCAGGAGGGGAAGCAUCUUCACCAGACAAAACUAUUCCAGCCUGCCAACACAGCUUCCCACCCAGCCUUUACCAUACCUGCUUGGCCCCUCUGUCGCUGGCUGUCAUCUUGCUGCUGUCGCUGCUAGUGAAACGCCGGCGGCGGCUCUGCCUGGGGUGCUGGCAUGGGACCUUUGGACUUCCCAGCCCUUUGGAUUUCUUGGCAGAAGAAAGCGGCCAGCUGGUGCCUGUGGCUGUGUUUGGGAUCCUCUUCACUAACCUCUGUGUGCUGGGUUUCGAUGAAGACCCUUUGCCCUUCCUUCCCAUAUCCUCCUCGGCCAAUCAAGGUUACUGGAAGACCUUGGCUUUACUCUACUACCCAGCCCUCUACUACCCUCUGAUUGCAUGUGCCACAGUCAGACACCAAGCUGGAUACAUCCUGGGCUGCUUGCUCUCCUGGGCCCACUGCGGGAUCCAAAUAUGGCAUAAAGUUGAGUGCCCUCAGACACUCAAGGUGUACAGGUACUAUUCCCUGCUGGUCUGCUUGCCCCUCCUCUCUGGCCUUGGGUUCCUGAGCCUCUGGUAUCCCGUACAGCUACUGAGAAGCUGGGGCGGGAAGAAGAUGGCAGUGACCGGCUCAGAGGUGAUGGAGGAAAGCUAUCAUGGAGAAUACCUCAGGCACGUCCUCAGUGGGAAGAGAUCAAAAAGCAGCUCCACAGUGACCAAUCCAAGUUUUCCCUCCCGGGUCUUGUUUUGUUUCCUCUCUUACAUCUACAUUCCACAACGAGGUUUCCGGCUUCCCCUGAAACUCAUCCUUUCUGCUACCUUGGCAGUGAUCACAAUUUACCAGGAGGCCUUGCUGCUCCUGGUGGCUUUUGUCCCCAAUCUCCAAAAGGCCAGGGCAGGAAUCACAGAAGAAGUCACCUACCUGCUGGCUGGCUUUGGGCUGGUCCUUUCCGAAGACAAGUUGGAAGUGAUAGAGCUGGUGAAGUACUACCUAUGGGCUUUGGAAGUGUGCUAUGUCUCUGCCCUGGUCCUGUCCUGCUUACUCACCUUCCUCAUGCUGACAAGGUCAAUGGUGACACACAGAGCUAACCUGAGAGCUUGGCAUUGUGGUGCCACUCUGGAUGGAUGCCCCCAGCUACAGAGGCAGGGCAUGAGUGCCACAGCCAUCUUCUGCUGGAUGAGCUUUUCAGGUUACCAGACAGCCUUCGUCUGCCUCGGGUUCUUCCUUCAGCAGGUCAUCUUCUUCCUGGGGUUCGUGAUGCUCACCUUUCUGGUCAUCAUCCCCAUCCUGUAUGGCAGGAACCUCCUUCUCUUCCAUAUGCUGGAGAGUAUAUGGCCCUUCUGCCUCACACUGGUGCUGGCUGUGAUCUUGCAGAACCUGGCUGCUCGCUGGGUCUUCCUAGAGAGGCGGGAGCUGACUAACAGGAAAGCGCUCUUUGCCAUCACUUUCCUGUUCUUCCCCAUUAAUGUGCUGGUGGGCAUCAUGGUGGGCAUCGGCCGGAUGGUGAUCUCUAUCCUCUUCAACACCGUCCACUUCUGUCAGCUGGACCUCAGCUUGCUCGGCCGUGGUGUGGGCACUUUGGACCCAGGCUAUCGCACUUACUACUAUUACUUGAAGAUGGAGGUCAGCCAGUCACAUCCUGCAGUGAGAGCCUUUUGCUUCCUCCUCUUGCAAUUACCUGGCUCUCGGGGCCUGGCUGUUGCCCAAGCCUCUCUCAGACCCAGUGAGGUAGAAGAAGGCAUCCAUUUGCUGCCAACCAAGAACCCAGCCAGGAAUGCCACCAAGUCCAAACAAAGUAGAGUCCGCUGGGGAUUGGCUUACACCCUUAUCCGCAAUCCAUCUCUCCUGGCCUUCCGGAAGAAAAGCCUGGCUGGCCCUCUGGUCAAUGGGAGCCAGCCCAGCCCUCCCAACCCCUGAUGGAUCUGCAGAGCCGGGAGGGGAAAGGAGAGGGAACUGCCUGGAUAUGUUUCUGUUCAGGGAGGUCAUUUUCCUUCUUUCUUCUCACUCCUUCCUCCUGGAUCCUUCCCAAAGUCGCAGCUUUGAAGUUUCUCCCUGCAGCGAUGCUGGACUCCUCCCACCUAGAUAUAUUGUGCA